AUGUGGGAACAGACGCUUAGUGGUCUCAUCAAGGCUCUUCGCUCGAGCAAGGACGACGAGAAACGCGUAAUCCAGCAAGCUUUGUCAGAGAUCGCACAGGAAGUCAAAUCGACCGACCUAGACCUCAAGGCUGCUGCCAUCUUGAAACUAUGCUAUCUCGACAUGCUCGGUUAUCCCCAGCUGACCUCUUACAGUUUUAACGUGGUGGAGUGCAUGUCAAGCAACAAAUUUUACAUCAAGCAAAUCGGAUACCUUGCUGCUAGUCAAUCUUUCGGUCCUAAUACCGAGGUUUCAAUGCUUACUACGAAUCUAGUCAAGAAGGACUUGGUCUCGCAUUCAAACCAGCCAAUGUCUUUCCUCAAUUUGACGAGCAACUUCAAUUCGACCGCCCCCGUCCUGUGCCUCGCCUUAUCAUCCCUACCUCACUUGCUCAACUCGCAAAACUCAGCCGACCUAUCCUCUGACCUAAUCUCAAUGUUGAAUCACUCCAAGCCCACGAUUAGGAAACGUGCUGUUACCGCUAUACAUACAUUGGCCAGCGUAGAUAUGGCGCGAAUGAUAGAAGAGCGGGGCGACUUGAGUCAUGAGCAGUACACUGCCUCUGCCGAUCCAACGCUAAGCAAAAGCAUGGACAUAUGGGUGGAAAGAUUUCGUGAAAAACUGUUGGAUGACGACAUUGGCGUUGUCAGCUCAACAGUCAACGUGAUUUGUGAAUUAGCAUCCAAGGAACCCUGGCCCUGGCUCGAGUUGGCGGCAGAACUUUACGACUUGUUGAAGCUCAAAAAGAACAAUUGGAUGAUGAUCAAAAUCGUCAAAAUUUUUACGGUACUUACGCCGAUCGAGCCCAGACUGACGAAAAAGCUACUACCUGCGCUCAGUGAUGUUAUCUCAACCACAAAUGCUAUGUCGCUACUCUAUGAGUGUAUUCAUACGAUUUUGGCCAGUGGAAUGCUCACUCAUGCGACCUCCGUUGAAGAGAGCUACAAAUUAGCCAAAAUCUGCAUCGACAAACUGGCUCAGUUCCUAGAUCACGUCGACCAGAACCUACGCUACAUGGCUCUAGUAGGCUUGAAUAAGCUUGUUCCUAGUCACCCAGAGCUACUUGAAGAUUAUUUGGAAACCAUCUUGGAACUCAUUCAUGAAGUUGAUCCUAUGUUGGCGAUCCGAGCGUUGGAUCUUCUCGAAGGGAUCCAAUACCAUUCCCAAUCAUUGAGAAAUACCGUCGACUACUUGGUCAACGAUCUCGAAGGUCGAAAACCACGCACCACUUCUGAAGGAACCGGACAUUCAGAUGCAGUCAAGGCCUUAAUGUCAAUUCAAAUGUCCUCGAAACCCUCACAUCAUUCGCCCACACUUGCUCCUAAUCACAAGCUUCGAAUAAUCAAUGUUGUCAUUACCAUAUGCUCUAAAUCUGCAUAUUCCCACAUUUCAGAUUUCAACUGGUUUCUAGAAGUCCUCGUCCGUUUGAUCCGUCUGUUGGUGGCUUCUCAGAUUCAAGAAAUGUAUAACGAGUCAAAUUCGUCUAAUACCGAUGGUUCACACUCGGUGACUCGCCUGGCCAAUGUCCUGAUCGAUGUUUCUAGUCGGGUGAAAGACAUCAGACCGUAUGCUGUAACCAAGAUGCUUUCUUUGCUUCAUGAUGAUACAUUCUUAGAGAACAUUUCGAAUGACUACUGCUCUGCAAUUGAUAUUGGAGGCUCGAGCGUUAUUUCUUAUGGGGCUGAUAACGAAGGAGCAUCUUCUGCGUCCAACCUCGUCACGGCAGCCAUUUGGAUAUGUGGAGAAUAUAGUGACUCUGAAUACGUCGAUCUGAAAGAUGUGAUCUCCACUUUGUUCAAGCAUCGAUUGAUCCUCGGCAACAGCUCAAGACUGCCUCAAAUCUCUACAUUUUCUUUACACAACGGCCUCAAAGUGUUUGUGAAGUGGCUAAGAGAAACGGUAGACUCCUGGUAUUCUGAAUUACACUCUGAGUCCGAUGACCGCUAUCCUGAAGAAUCUUUUCAAAUGACGCAAAACCAGACCCCUAAGCUAUCGUCUGUGGAUGUUGAACUAGGACAGCUAAACAGGUUGAUAUUGGCGAUAACAGAUCGAGCGCGGGACCUCGCGAAGCAGAAAGACCUCUGGGCAUCGUCCAACUUCUUUCCGACUAUUGACCAUGUCCAGCUGCUGGAUCGGGCCAACGAAGUAGAUCGGCUGAUGAGUGUGAUCAGUCGAGAAUUAAUUGGAUAUCGGCCUCCUACUCGCCCCAACAUAAAAGCUCGGGAGCACACGAAUGAAGCCCCUCAUCCUGCAUUGUAUGGAAUGACUUCAUUCGGAGAAGCAAAUCCGUUUGCGACAAGCUCUAGCAGUCCUGAUGAAGGAUUUCAUAGGCCCAUGGCGGAUAUGAAGACAAGUACGGACUCCCCAAUGACCACUUCGAAGACAAAGCAGUCUCAGUCACCGUACUGGUACAAAGUUCUAUCGGAUCUUUUCUUCGUUUAUGAGUUAAAGCCAGUCGCAAACUCUGCGCAAGCAAUGAUUCAAGCUCCUGAUGAACUUGACCUAGAUUCGUGGAUUCCUUACCUGAAAGACACCUCAGAACUACAUGACCGCACGGGAUUGGACGAAUUUGGUCGCAAGAUUGGCGAGGAUUUCACCAAUCCUUAUCAGACUACCUCCUCGAAUGGAGCCUUCUUCGAUGACCCAUCCACGGAUCAAAAGUUCUCUCAAGAUUCCUCAAGGAAGAGGCGAGCCAAAAAAAAGAAAGAUCCAAUCGACAAAGAGGCUAUGGCAAAGGCAAAGCAAGAACGCAUCGAAAGACAGCGAGAUGAUCCAUUUUAUAUCAACACAACAACUCAUAAAAAGCAAAAAGAAAAGGCGCACAGUAACAAUGAAUCGUCCACAGACUUACUAGACAUCGACAGUAUCCCCAUCGUUAAACUCGAUCUUUCAGUAUCUCUUGACGAUCUACCCACCGCUAGCCCUUCAUCUGUUUCAAACAGCAUUCAUCCAAAUCAGUUUCUCAGACAAACACCUUCGUCCUCCACUUCUUUUCCUUCCCCAUCUCGAAUUCCAGUGAUUGACGCAGAGGGAGAAGUCCCCGACUUAAGCUACCUCCAAAAGUAUAAAACGAAGAAGAAACAAGACGAGCAACAUCCACCAGCGACAGAUCCCAGAUCAUCCACCAAUCAACCAGAUCAUCUCCAUCCGAAUCCAACAAUCUCACUACCCCAAAACGAACAGAAUCAUACUAUUGUUGCUCAUGCUCCUGAGAGCAUCAAAGUUGUCAAGAAAAAGGCAUCGUCCAAGAAGAAGAAAAAGAUUGACAAAAAUAGUCACAUGCAUUAA